AUGCCUUUAGUAGAGUUUGCCUACAAUAACAAUUAUCAUGCAAGCAUUGGAAUGGCUCCGUAUGAAGCUUUAUACGGAAGGAAAUGUCAAUCUCCAUUAUAUUGGUAUGAAGCUGGAGAAAAGAUCAUGUUAGGGCCUGAAAUGAUAAGUGAAAUCAUUGAGCAAAUAAAGAAAAUCCGUAGUCAAAUGCUUUUGGCUCAAAGCCACCAGAAGAGCUAUGUUGACCAAAGGCAGAAGUCUUUAGAGUUUGAGGAAGGAGAACAUGUCUUCCUGAAGAUUACUCCGACCACCAAAAUAGGGAGGUCCGUCAAAACUAAGAAGUUAAAUCCCCGUUACAUUGGGCCGUUUGAAAUCCUGAAGAGAAUUGGACUAGUUGCGUAUAGAAUCGCUUUAACACCACAUCUUUCGAACCUGCAUGACAUGUUUCACAUAUCGCAGCUUCGUAAAUACACUUUUGAUCCUAGUCAUGUCCUAGAACCGAAAUCAGUUCAAGUGAGAGAAGAUCUGACGCUUCCAGUAACUCCGGUUAGGAUUGAUGGCACUAGCAAUAAGUGUUUACGCGGAAAAAAAGUUUCUUUGGUGAAAGUAGCUUGGAGUCGGGUUGGAAUUGAAGAGCAUACCUGGGCGUCUAAGUUAGAGAUGCGGAAGGACUACCCACACUUCUUUCCAGGUAACUCACUCUGA